AUGAUGAUAAGACAUAACAAUGAGAUUCUGUUGACAUCAAAGGCACUGAUUUAUUAUCGAUUUUAUGAUGAAAUAUUUUACCCGAUUUAUGAAUUCGUGAGACCAAACAAAAAUGGAUGGUUUGAAUUGAUGGAAAUUUUGGCAAAAAAUGAGUCAGACAUGUCAUUAACACCGAUAGUUCCCAGUUAUGAGAGACAACAACUAUUUGACUUUUCAAAGAUCAUAUUUUUCAGUUCAUAUGUUAUAUUAAGUCAAUCACAUAAAUACGAGUCCAAUAGCAAUAUAUUGGAUCAUUUGGGUUAUAUUCAAUGGGAUACAUUUCAUAACCAAAUUUGGGCACUCAUUGAAGACAAUAAAAAGGUGUCAUUACGUGUUGUGCCGGACAAAGUGGGCAAAGAGACUGUCGGUUUCAAUGGCGUAUUCUUUGACCACUUAAAACGUGGUCGUAUAGCGUUGUUUGAGCCUGAUUACUUGACCGAAUUUGUCAAGGACGUCUAUUGCCGUAGAGUGGAGGACAUGCAAUGGCAUCUGUCGCCACCCAUUGAUGUCACUCCCAUUAGGUUCGCCUUUGGUUUCAGCAAAUCAUUUAAAAAGACUACAUUCAUAAAUAACAUUGUCCAGAAUUUGAUAUCCAAUGGUUUGAUAAAUCGUUGGUUUUUGAGCUCGAGUUCUGUGGCCGAG